ACUUCAUUAUACACCUAAAAACGCUGACACAUUGAGUGUUUAGUGAACACUGUAACAGAUUUACACGCUGGAAACGGGACUAAAAGUACAUUUCAUUAUUACCUCACGGUGUGCAGCUGUUGGAGGAGGUGACCGUACGUGGCUACCUUUCGUUAAAGACGUUUUCAGGUAUUUAAAAAUAUGUUGAGCACCUCCAGGCCUUGUGAGCCGCAGCGCGGUGGCUUUUCUUUCGAGAACACACGCAGAAAUGCUGUGCUGGAGGGGAGUUUGUCAGAGAAGGGGUACGCAGCACCAAAAGCGAGGAAAACAGGAACAACGAUUGCUGGGAUGGUAUUUAAGGAUGGAGUUAUACUUGGAGCUGAUACGAGGGCCACAGAUGAUAUGGUUGUAGCUGACAAGAACUGUAUGAAGAUUCAUUACAUCGCACCCAACAUCUACUGCUGUGGGGCGGGUGUUGCAGCUGAUGCUGAAAUGACCACCCAGAUGAUGUCAUCCAAUGUAGAGCUGCACUCACUGAGUACAGGACGGCCCCCCCUUGUUGUCACGGUGACCCGUCAACUCAAGCAGAUGCUAUUCAGGUACCAGGGACACAUUGGUUCCUCGCUGAUCGUGGGAGGUGUAGACGUCUACGGGCCUCAGCUCUAUAGCAUCUACCCACACGGCUCCUAUGACAAACUGCCCUUCCUCACAAUGGGAUCUGGAGCAGCAUCAGCUGUUUCUGUAUUUGAGGAUCGUUACAGGCCUAACAUGGAGCUGGAGGAGGCUAAGCAGCUUGUUCGAGAUGCCAUCGCGGCUGGGAUCUUCUGUGAUCUUGGAUCAGGCAGUAAUGUGGAUCUCUGCAUCAUCACUGAGAAAGGAGUGAAUUAUCUCCGUGGUUACGACCAGCCGGCAGAGAAGGGCCAGAGGCUGGGGCAAUACAGGUACAAGCCUGGUACCACAGCAGUUUUGACUAAGACCGUCACUCCACUGACUCUGGAUGUGGUAGAUGAAUCUGUCCAGACGAUGGACACCCAGUAAACAUUCCUACUGUAAAUGAUUUGUCCAUGUUUUAUACUCAAUGCUAUUUUUGCAAAAGCGUUUUUCUUUUGGCGGUCACUUGAGAGGAAGUUUGAU